AUGGCUCAGAAUCACCUCUACUCUUACCUUGAAAUACCUAAAGAUGCACCAAUAAAGCUGAAGAGCUCACCUGGCAAAGGCUGGGGCGUUUUUGCGACAAGACGUAUCAAAAAGAGAUCCCCGAUUUUGUCCAAAAGCGCACUCUUCGUCGUCGAACGACCUCACGACAAGAUUACUGAAGACGAUUUGAUCCAGCACAUUCAAGAAUUGUCAGCCCACCAAACAGUUCAAUAUCUACUCCUCGGUCGAGGAAAAGCCAGCUACAAAGACCCUGAAACUUGGGGUGUAUUUCUGCUCCAAUCACGCUUCAACCAUUCGUGUGCAGCCAACUCAAGAAGCCUAACCAUAGGUGGUGGAGUGAUUACAAAAAUUGCAACACGAUACAUAGCAAAAGGCGAAGAGAUCACCGCCAACUAUGACCCUAAUUCAAAGUAUGAGACCAGAAAAGAGCGUCACAAGAUCUUGAGAUUUGCCUGCAGCUGUAGCGUUUGCUGCGCUGAUCCUCGAUCUCAACAGCUUAGCGACAUGCGAAGACGGCUCAUCCGAGGUCUAGAGUAUCUUCGGACGGUGGAUCCAAAUCUGAAGCGUGACGCGGAGAAUUUCGGAAUAACACUUUCCUCGAGAUUUUUCUAUACUGUUCUGACAAUGUUUUUGCUCGAAGAAGAAAAAUUGCUGUAUUAUUUUGAAGUCGAUUUUUAUAUGCGGAUGUUGAACAAAUUAGCGACAAUGUUUGAAUCUGAAAGAAAUUCUCGGAUUGCCCAGUCCAUUCUGAAGGAGAAGACUUGUCUGGAAAGAUUACUGUUGGGAUUCACGCUGUACGGACAGGAGGAUGCUACCGAUUCUUACGUGGAUAUGCUAAUACCGCUAUCGACAUGA